AUGGACCCCCUCACGAUGCAGGCUAUCGUGCAAAUGCAGCUCGAGGACGGUGAAGAGAUGGCAGCCAAUGCGAAAGGCAAGCAGCGCGAGGGCACCGUAAGCGAUGCUCAAUUGGCGAUGCAGAUGUACAUGGAAGACCUGAAGACCUGCGACACCUUUCUGAAGGACCGCAUCAUGGCGCAAAGCGCUGCUAUGGCAAUUCUUCAAGACGGCAACCUCAUUGCUCGGGCCUAUAGGCAAGAGCAGCAAGCUGCACGCGAUCGCGAGAUGGCUUUAAGACUGGAUGCGAGUCAAGGGAGAAACGCUUCGACUGCAGCAGGACCAGCGCAAGGACACCGUGCGCAUCAGCGAAAGAGGCAGAAGAAAGACCACAGGGACCCUUGGGAGGAUCCAGAGAUGUUAGAGAAAGUCGCGGCUAUCUACAUGCGAGCUCCUGAGAAAUCAGCGAGCUCUGCCCCGGCGGCCGACAAUGACUCUGAUGGAACCGUGGCGGAGCCCUCGGCUUGGGCGGCCAGUCGCAAGACAAACAGCAAACGCCCAUUACGGGCUUGCAUCGCAUGUGCGGAAGAGAAGGAUUUCUUCGAGGUGGCCCGGGUUCCUUGCGGGCACGAGUACUGCCGCGCUUGCCUGGAAAAUCUGUUCAGCAUGGCUAUGAAAGAUGAGUCGCUAUUUCCGCCCCGAUGCGACAAGCAAGAGAUCCCGCUCGACUGA